CAGCGACCUGUGAGGGCAAUAGCACAGAGACCCGUGACGCCUGGGAUGGCGAAAGCCCAGCGCCCUGUGACGCCUGUAAUGGCGACAGAACAGCGCCCUGUGACGGCGAAAGCACAGCGACCUGUGACGGCGACAGCACAGCGAACUGUGACGCCUGGGAUGGCGACAGCUCAACGCCCUGUGACGACUGUGACGGCGACAGCCCAGCGUCGCUGCGAAAAGCAGGAGCGAGGGGAACAACACGCUGUGUGUCAAAAGAAAUACAUGAGGGGUAACGAAUGGAGGACCCCCGCACAGAAGUAUCUGGAGGAAUUCCGUAAACAUCUAAGAGCUUCUCAAGAAACAUGAGCGCCAUGCGAGUCGUCAAUUGGAGAUGGCAACUAUGACUGUGUGACGGGCGUUGUGAAAGAUUCCGAAAAUGAAGCUCUAUCAUCUUCAGUUGGUGCAGUUUCUUCAAUCAUUUUGGUACACGGUGUAGAGAAUGUGAUGGCAUUUAGAGCAUACACCAAGCUGGUGACUACAAAGUCAGCAUGGAAAUAAAGUUGUUCCACAAUUUCAACAUAAAAAACAGGGCAAAGAAGAGCGAUAUGUUCUGGGAUAUAAUUCUGUGUAGUCAUUUGGAAGUAGACGGACGUUUUGUAGGAAAAAAUAGUUCCUCUAUUUUAAGGGCCGGAAAGUAAGCUAAGGAACUUCAGUUUUCCACCUGAUUUUCAGCUGGUUUCUUGUUCUACUUAAUCUUCUACCCUGAAGAUGGAGGCGAUAUGUUCCUACGAAACGUCCAGUUGACUUUUAAAGUAUUACAUUGCAUUAUAUCUCAGAGGAUAGUACUCUUCUUAAACACCGCUGUGAGAACCUCAUUUCCUACAAAAACUGGACAAAUUGUAACAAAUUCUGUGUUUGAAACGUUGCAGGAAAAGCCAGAUUUUGAUGAAUAGGACCUGGACGAAUGAGACUUGUGGCCACGGGAGGAAGAUGACUGCAUCUGAGAAAUUUCCGUGGCCCAGUAAAUUCUUUUUCAUAAGACGAGA